AAGAUUUGCGGUGCGGGGGCGACAUCUAUUGGAGAUAAAUCAGUGCAACCUGUAUGCAUGGUCUUUUCGUGGUGUCGGGAAUAAUUAAAGAUUAAUUAUACAGUUUUAAAAUAAAUCGAUCAAACAAAUUGAACACUAGUUUGUCGAAUUAAUUAGUUAUAGAUAAUAAGUGACCGAUUCAUUUAAUGGAUCCUAACAUUGGUUGGUUUCAACCCGAGCAGUUCGGCCCCGCUAAGGUCUUGUGGUCACAACUUUGGGAGGCUGAAAUUGCUGAAAAGAGACUUGAUAUCCUGACACUUAAGACCGACAAUUCGUCCAACGCGAUGGGUAAUAAAGUGCAACAGGAUUACAUAUCAUUAGAUUCGGUGUCGAGUCGUGUCGGGGAGGAUCGCUUAGCGCCGCGCGUUCAACUCAGUACCUGUAACAUUUAUUACAAUCCGUCGAGGAGGAAAGGCGACAACCGCGCUAGUACUUACGGUAUGAACUACAAUUCCGAUGCUCUGAUCGGAGAAUACGGCGGCUGUCCCUGGCGUCAACCGAACAAGCAUUACUCGAAGGGAGUCCUUGGGUUACAUGAGGAAAUCGAUGACUUCUUCACUUACAUGUGUCCUUCCAUGGAAGAGCAUAAAUUACGAGUACGUGUCGUAAAAAGAAUAGAAGAUGUGAUACACGAUUUAUGGCCGAACUCGAAAGUUGAAGUUUUUGGAAGUUUUCGUACUGGUCUAUAUCUACCUACAAGUGACAUUGACCUGGUCGUAAUUGGUAUGUGGAAAAUGCUUCCAUUAAGAACACUAGAACGAGCACUACUGGACCGCAAUAUAGCUGAACCAUCGUCCAUCAAAGUACUGGACAAAGCUAGCGUACCAAUUGUGAAGCUGACUGACAAAGAAACUGAGAUCAAGAUGGACAUCAGUUUCAACAUGGAUAAUGGCGUUAAAUCUGCAGAACUUAUCAAAUCAUUCAAACGGCGGUUCCCUGUACUUGACAAACUUGUCAUGGUUUUGAAACAAUUUUUAUUGCAAAGAGACCUGAAUGAAGUAUUCACUGGUGGCAUUUCGUCCUACAGUCUUGUUCUGAUGACAAUUAGCUUUUUGCAGCUACACCCUAGACAGAAUGCCUAUUGUCCGAAUGCUAAUUUGGGUGUAUUAUUGAUUGAAUUUCUAGAACUCUAUGGCAGAAAAUUCAAUUAUGUUAAAACUGGUAUUAGAAUCAAAGAUGGUGGUACUUACAUAUCCAAAGAGGAGGUCCAACGUGACAUGAUCGAUGGGCACAGACCUUCUCUUCUGUGCAUUGAAGAUCCUCUUGCGCCAGGCAAUGACAUUGGUCGCAGUAGCUAUGGAGCUCUCUAUGUAAAGGAAGCCUUUGAUUGGGCUUAUUCUGUCCUGUCUCAAGCAGUUAGUCCUCUCAAUAUACUGGUAAAUGAUGCAAACAAAGUAAGUAUAUUGGGCAGAAUAAUUCGGGUAACAGACGAAGUGAUUGAGUAUCGAAAAUGGAUUAAAGAAACAUUCCCACUGCCUCUUGGCGAGACGGACUCUCUUUCCAGUUCUACAGGGUCAGAUGCGUCAACUCUUUCUGCACCUGCUAGUGACACGGAUUCUGAGUGCAGUCGUGGCAAUUCGCCUAAUAAUGCUGAGGGUAAAGGAGAAGAACGAAAUGAGGAUAGUCAUACUUGCGACAACCAGCAACGUCAUCAACGUCAGCCAAAGAAACACUACAAACCAAAUGCACAUGUUAAUAAUCAGCACAACUCGCGUGGAAAUUAUCAACACGGAGUAAACCACAAUAAUUCUGGCAAGAACAAGGUGAAGAAUCCACAACACAAUAAUAUGAGCAGCAACAACAACAAUAACAAUAGCAACAAUAAUAACAAUAACAGUGGAAAUCAGAGUCCGAACAUGAGAACUGUUACAAUGAAGCGUAAAAAGUCUCAGCUAACUCGCCGUGGACCCGGAAAUGAUUGUGUACGGUGAUGAAGUAUCUCCUGUGUUUCAGUGUGUCAAACUUAUUUCUCUUAAAAAAAAUCACAAAAUCACAAAAACAUAAAAAAACAAAAAUCAAAAAAAAAAUAAUAAUAAAUAAUACAACAAUACAGUAAUUCGUCAUGACAGUGUGUCGAAGUUGCCGUGCGAUUUAUCUUAGCAAUACAGAUUGCAGUCCAAAACUUAGGUAUCUAAUAGUGACAAUGUACUGCAACUGCUACGUUUUAUAAGAAACAAAUGUUUCCUCAUAUUAUAUGUUUUACAUCAGGCAGGGUUUACAUUUAUAGCCAAGCAAUUGGCAGUUGGUUCAAUUUGCAGGUAAUAUGCUGUGACACGGUUAAACUGAUUGCAUGACUUCAUUUUUGCUCUUUUAGUCGAAUAAGUAAAAACGAAAUUUUCUUAUCCCUAAAAUUUAAGAAUGAAAAUUUUGUUAGAAGCUCUGUAAUAUGAUCAAAACUAUAGUUUGUCAGGAAUUUAUUUUUUGGUACUAUUAAUUAUGAUUUAGUUCAAUUUAUAUUCUGACUGAUAAUUAGGGUUUCUAAGUAAUAAUCGCACAGUUUAUUUUAACAUAUUUAAAAAGUAUUAUUAUGCUCUUACUGCGAUUUGAUUGUAGAUCAGAUUCACCAAAUCAAAAGAUCAUUUUCGGUGAAAUUUCUUAAUUGAUCGCAGCUUUAUGCAGUAGAAUUGCUUUUAUUAUCAUCCUCUGUCUUUUGGGCUUUUACAGUGUCAUAAGACAUUCACCUUUAAUACGAAAAAGACUUAGUUUUCUAUAUGAAACUAUAUUCUUAUAAUAAUACAAAGGAAUGAAGAAAAAUGGUGAUAACGGGAUACGCCCAUUGUAAAUAUUGUAACAUACUCACAACACGUAAAAUUUGAAAAUGAGUGUCAUUUAUGUAGAUAUCUUUAUUUUGUGUGAAAAAACGAACACCGUUUUCCUCGCAAACAUUCUUAUACCACUUUUCGUAUGGAUUAAAAUCCAUAUUCAUAACAAAAUUUCAAUAGUCUCUUUUUGUAAUAUACCUAUAUCAUCAUCAUUUCUGUAUAGCGACAAAGUAGCGUGUACAAAUAUAGCAGCUUAUAGCAAUUUAACAAACUGUGUAAAUCUAUAUGUACGAAUAUAUGUAAGAAAGAUUGUUUUUGAACGAAUGAGCCUAAAUAGUAAUUAACGCUGCUGUAUAACUUAUUGAUUGUAAUUUGUACAAACUUAUCAGACUGCAUAUGUAAAAAAUAAGCGGUCUCUAUGAGAUAUCACUUUAUUUAUAUACAAUAUUGUUGUAUCAUAAUCUCAAGUACAAACAUAUAGUUCAUUACGUUUCUUAAUAAAAUGGAAAAAGCGCGA